CUAGAGGUGGUGGGGAAGUAGAGAAGGCCCCGGAACCCUCGCUCAGUGCUGUGUUUCCAGGGGGUGGGAAGGCACCACUUCCAGGGGGGACUCCUUUUACCGUAACACCUAAGGACAGGCUCUGGGCCGCGAAGGCCGGCAACCCAGGCGCUGCGGCGUACGGAGAUAGCGCGCGGGAGUUGCGGCGUGUUCUAGGGCGGGGGCGGGGCAGGUGGGGAGCUGGCCUGUCCCCGAGCCCGUGGGUCCGUUUAACCUGGGCGGCGAACGCGAAGCUGCAGCGGCACCACGGCCACGCUCUUGGCAGCCGUGCCCCGCCCCCUCCCCACGCCUGCCUCCGUAUUCCUCUACCUUGGGCGUGCGACCGGCGCCUCUUCCUCCGCCCCCCUUCCCUGACCUGUCCCUGGCACGCACGCGCCGGCCCAGUCCCCGCGAGAAGAUGAACUUGGAGCGGCUGCGGAAACGCGUCCGCCAGUACAUAGACCAGCAACAAUAUCAAAGUGCUCUAUUUUGGGCAGACAAAGUAGCCUCAUUGUCUCAUGAAGAACCACAAGACAUUUAUUGGUUGGCCCAGUGUCUUUACUUAACAGCUCAGUAUCAUAGGGCAGCACAUGCCCUUCGAUCACGUAAGUUAGACAAGUUAUAUGAAGCCUGUCGGUACCUUGCUGCUAGAUGUCACUAUGCUGCAAAGGAACAUCAGCAAGCUCUUGAUAUCCUUGAUAUGGAAGAACCAAUUAACAAAAGAUUGUUUGAAAAAUACUUGAAAGAUGAAAAUGGGCUGAAAGAACCUUCUAAUGACUGGGAAAUGUCCCAAUCUUCAAUAAAGAGUUCUAUUUGCCUUUUGCGAGGGAAGAUCUAUGAUGCCCUAGAUAAUCGAACCUUAGCAACUUAUAGCUACAAAGAAGCCUUGAAGCUUGAUGUCUACUGCUUUGAAGCAUUUGAUCUUUUAACAUCACACCACAUGCUGACAGCACAAGAAGAAAAAGAGCUUCUUGAAUCUCUACCUCUUAGCAAACAAUGCACAGAAGAACAAGAAUUGCUGCAUUUUCUAUUUGAGAAUAAGUUAAAAAAGUAUAAUAAGCCUAGUGAAACUGUCAUUCCUGAAUCUGUAGAUGGUCUGCAGGACAAUCUGGAUGUGGUAGUGUCUUUGGCAGAAAGACAUUAUUAUAACUGUGAUUUCAAAAUGUGCUACAAGCUGACUUCAGUAGUAAUGGAAAAAGAUCCUUUCCAUGCAAAUUGUUUACCUGUACACAUAGGGACUCUUGUGGAACUGAAUAAAGCAAAUGAGCUUUUCUAUCUCUCUCAUAAAUUGGUGGAUUUAUACCCUAGUAAUCCUGUAUCUUGGUUUGCAGUAGGAUGUUAUUAUCUAAUGGUUGGGCACAAAAAUGAACAUGCCAGAAGAUAUCUCAGCAAGGCUACUACACUUGAAAGAACCUAUGGACCUGCAUGGAUAGCAUACGGACAUUCAUUUGCAGUUGAGAGUGAGCAUGACCAAGCAAUGGCAGCGUACUUUACAGCAGCACAGCUAAUGAAAGGGUGUCACUUACCAAUGCUAUAUAUUGGGUUGGAGUAUGGUUUGACUAACAAUUCAAAAUUGGCUGAAAGAUUUUUCAGCCAAGCUCUAAGUAUUGCACCUGAAGAUCCUUUUGUUAUGCAUGAGGUUGGAGUGGUUGCAUUUCAAAAUGGAGACUGGAAAACAGCUGAAAAAUGGUUUCUUGAUGCAUUAGAAAAAAUUAAAGCCAUUGGAAAUGAGGUAACAGUUGAUAAAUGGGAACCUUUGUUGAACAACUUGGGCCACGUAUGCAGAAAACUGAAAAAGUAUGAAGAAGCGCUAGAGUACCAUCGUCAAGCCUUGGUGUUGAUUCCCCAGAAUGCUUCUACCUAUUCUGCCAUAGGAUAUAUACAUAGCCUAAUGGGAAACUUUGAAAGUGCAGUUGAUUAUUUCCAUACGGCCCUUGGACUUAGGAGAGAUGAUACAUUUUCCGUUACUAUGCUUGGGCAUUGCAUUGAAAUGUAUAUUGGUGAUUCUGAAGCUUAUAUUGGUACAGAGAUCAAAGACAAAUUGAGAUGUUAUGACUUUGAUGUACAUACAAUGAAGACACUGAAAAACAUCAUUUCACCUCCAUGGGAUUUCAGGGAAUUUGAUAUAGAAAGGCAGACUCUGGAAGAAACUGGGCUUAUCCCAUUAGAAACUUCCCAUCAUUCAAGGAAAAACACAGAUUCCAGGCCUCCAUUGGAAGAAACCUUUGAAAUUGAAAUGAAUGAAAGCGACAUGAUGUUAGAAACUUCCAUGUCAGACCAUAGUACAUGAUUCAAAGCCCUGGUCAAAAUUUCAAUUUGCCCUAGUAUGUUAGUAUUUUGUCACAUCCCUGUCAUGUUUGAAGAAUUUGCUAUUUUUUAUAUGAAUCUAAACUACAUCUCUACAUCUAGCAGCGGAGAACUAAUGCCUGCCUUAAAAGACUGGAUAGCACACCUUCACAACAGAUGGUUUUCCAAUUUUACUGAUUCUAAAAAAAAUUACACAUAAUGGAAUAAAGAAGGUAAACCGUCUUGUUUUUUAAACUGUAAUGAGACCCUUUGACUGCUAUUAAAACUGUGAUGAAUGCUAAGAAAUUCAUAUGAAAUUGUUUACAGUACACAUAAAAAUUAAUUUAAAACAGCUAAAGGUUGUUAUAGUGUUAAGGCUGCCAAACUUUUAGCCUACCAGUGAAGCACAUUUUGUCAUUAAAAAAAACACACACAAAAGAAUUAUAAGGAAUCUUAAUACAAAAUUAGCUUUUUGUUCUUUAAAAUAAACUUCUAAGUGAUUCACUGAUCUUUUUAACUUCUAUAUCUUUAGUAUUUGGGAGGCAAAUUUGAUUUCAUCUCAUUUUUGCAUACCAAAUUGAUGACCAAAUUUUUAAGCUAUAUUAAAUGUUUGGUUCUCUUUUUCUAUUUUUGGCAAUUAAUUUUAGCAUCUUAAGCACUUUUCUUAUGUAACUCUAAGAUUGUGUGAAAGGUGAGCUAGUAAUUAUUUUUAAUGGUACAUAAUUUUAAUGUUAUGAACAAAUGACUCCUAGUUAUAUAUAUUCUGAAUUUGAUUUAGAAAAUAUCAGGCACCUUCUUCUGGUAUAAUGUUAGACCUUUUUUUUGUCUCCUAAUAUUUUGUUAAAAUGUGUAGUGUGGCUUAUUUUGAAACUAAAACUGUGAUUUUUUUUUUGUAGUUUAGUCACUUUUAAUUAGCAAGAGUCACCCUACUGUGAAUUCACUGAAAAGAUUUGUAAUUAGUUCAGUUAGGGAACCUUGAGACUGUCAUACUCAUUUCAUACUCACUUGAUGUUAAACUUUACAUAUGGCCCCUUGAGUAAUUCAAAUACCAUUGUAUAUAUUUAGCAAGUAUUUUUUAAUUUUUCUUGUUCCUUUUUGACUCUGGGAUGUUUGAUUUUUUUAAAAACUUAGUUGUGUCCAUUUCCAUUUGUGAAAAGAUUAUAGAUGUAGCUGUAUUGCCUGCUUGAUGAUAUUUCUUAAAUCUACUGCCAGUUUAUAAAAAUAUUUGUUUUAUAAUAACCUAUUAAGUUCAUAAUGCAUGGUAGUACCAUUGAGAUAACUAUUUUGGCUACCACCCCAUCUACUCAAAAUCUCUACCCAGAUCAGCCACCUACCAGCUAGCUAUGUGACCUCAGGCAAAUCAUUUAACUUCUUUGGGCCUCUCAAGUAUCCUCAAACUUAAUGAGGAAGUUAGAUUUGGAUGGCCUUUAAAUUGCCUUCCAGAUCUAAAUUCCAUGAUCCCAUGACCACACAGAAAUAAGAACAAAGGUGGAUAGAUAUUUUACCUGAGUGAUUGGUUUUGAGAAAUUUCACAAAAUGACAGAUGGUGAGCUAGAACAUGUAGGGUACAUUAUGUACGAAGGGCAGUGGUGAUUUUGUUGCCUGGCUGGAUUUUCAAGCCCAAAAACAGGUAGCAUAAUCUUUGAUUUUGACUUGAUUAGAGUAGAAACUUGACAAAGGUGGGAGGUGGGGGUGGAGUAACAAAUGGAUUGGGAAGGAACAGGAAAUGGAGAGUUAUUCUAGACCAGUGAUUCAUUAGUAUAGAAACCACAUUAACAAACUAAAAUAAGAGCUAUCAAUGUUUGGCUUUCCUCUACUAACUCAUCAGUAACUUAAUGUUUAAGAAUUACCAAUAUUACUUACUUUAGAAGGUUUUAAAGUCAUAUUCUUUUUCUUUUUCAUUUCUUUAUUUUUGUUAAAUGACCCCAGCUAAUUUUCCGAAUUCUUAAGAUUUAAAAAAAUAAUAUUUAUAGUACAGCUUCUUUCUCUGAUUUAGAUUAAACCUCUAAAAGAGUUCCCUUCCAAAUUUACUUUUACAUCAAAGAAAAAUGACUUCCCUGGUUUAGUUUGAAACUCCCCAGUCAUUGAAACUUAGUAUUUUUUUAAUGAGAACAGGCUUUACCAGACUACCAAAGGAGUCCACAAUACAAAAAAAUUAAGAACCUGUACUGUGAAGGCCUUAAAAAUUAAUUACAGAGGAGUUGCCAAGCUGCAUAACUGGAGGGAAUUUCCAAAUUGGAUAUUCUUUACAACAGUGCAAUCACAGAACUAGACCCUCUUUCCUCUCUCACAGAAAAAUUAAAUUUCCAAUUAAUACACAAUGAAUCUACAACGAUUUUUUCUGAAUUGAUAAACUGCCUUAAGAACUUCGUCUUAUGCAUUUAUUAGACUAUGUAUCAAAGUUCACAAAAAGUGGACACUUGGUUUUAAGUAAAGGAGAAUAAAAUAACCUAUUAAUCCAGUUGCUGGAUUACAUAGAUAUUCUAAGUUAAUAUCUUUACCCAAAGCUAUACAUUUUGAUGCUCUAAAAAUGUGCCAAUAUCAGUAUCCCUUAUUGCAGUACUUCAACUUGUGAUUUCAUUCCCACUCUUAAUAGGUUUUAUGAAGUGCUUUGGCCAAAAAUAAUCAUCACCUGGUUGUCAGAUGCUAUUCCCAUCUAGUAAAUGAGUUUCCUGUUUGAUCUUACUUUCACUUUCAAGCAACCUAAUAGUUUGGUCUUUGUUGUUUUAGCUAGUCAUGACCUUGAAGUCUUUCUGGCUUGGUAGGGCUUUAUAUAAUUACCCUACUGUCAUAGUCUAUGGGAGCACAAGGUCAUCUUGUACAAUAGGACUUUAAAACUCUUUAAGAACUAUGGUUGAAUGUGAGAUACUAUCUCUAUCUCUGCUAUUUUCUUUUUUUUAAGCUGUGCUGCUUUUCUUCAUAUACCUAGAAAUAAAUGUAAUACUGGAGACCCCGACCUGUGAUAACGUGAAAAAACCCAUAAGUUCACAAAAGUUCAUAUUCAGUGCAUGUACCUUGUACAUAAUAUGUGCUUAAUAUUUGUUGAAUUACUUUGAAUUCUUUGGUAUAAAUUCCAUCAAAGUUUUGUGAAGGAUUUUUUUCCCAAUAUAAAGAAUUAUUAAAUCAGCAUUUUAAUGUACAAAACUGGCAAUACUAAACUCGAAUACCUUUGGAAGUUUUCCCCUUUGUGUAUAAAAAAAACCAACCUAAUUUUCCGCUGUACCCAGGAUUGGAACAACUGCAUUCCACCAGAUUAAAAACCAAAAAUUGAAUAGAAAAGAAGCAAUUUUUUGAUUCAUGUGAAAUAAGCUCCAAUUUAUUUUAUCUUCCAAGCUCUCAACCCUAAAAAAGGGCCAUCCCCCAUUUGUUGUAAGAAAAAAAGUAAUCAGGUAAUAAGAUGUUUGACAACAGUAAAAUUUGCAGAUAACUGAAGCUUACCCCUUAAUUGCUAAAACUUGUUUUUGAAUUUCAAUUAUUUUCAACAAAAAAUAAGCUCAAUACAUUCAUAUUUAUUAUGUGCAAGGCAUGGUGUUAGUGGCUUAGCUAUAAUAAGAGAAAACUACACAGUCUCUUCUUCCAAUGAGGUUAUUAUAGUUUAAUGGAAUGGGGUGGGGGUUGCAACAAAUAUGUUGUGAAGAAGAGCUUAAUGGAGCAAAGAAAAAGUACAAAGUGUUCAGGGAAAUUCAAGGAGGGAAAGAUUACUUUCAGCUCUGGUAGAAGAGUCAGUGAAGGUUUCAUGGCAAAAGCUGCAUCUUGAAGGAAGGAAAGGAUUUCAAUAAGUGAUGAUAAUAACUAGCACUUAUAUAGAUGGAACUGAAGGACUUUCUAUGUUCAUUUUUAGCUAUCUUAAUGAAAAGAACAUAAUUAAACCUUUUCUUCAGUGACUGAGAGCCAUCAUCGUAAACAAAGAGUGGUGGGUACCUUGAUGGACUUCUGCAGUGUAUAGGGCCAUUAUCCUCUGCCUAAAGAGUUCCAGCCUAUCACACUUUUUAACGUUUUUAUUUCUACCUGCCUUAUGCUUCGGCUAUUGUUUCUUGUUACUUUGUUUGCCUUCACCCCUCUGGCCUACUCCCUUAUAAGCAAUUGCAGAGAAAUCUUAAUCACAUCUAAGAUCAUAGAAUGUUCCAGCUCAAGUGACUAAAGAUUAUCUAGCCCAACUACCUCUUUUUAAAGAUGAUAAAACUAAAGUAUGGGUUGGGGGUUGGGGCACACAGGGAGAAUAGAUGAUGGAAAUUGCUUCUAAAGUAAGAUUAAAUUAGCUUGGAACAAGAGCUCCUUAAUACUGAGUAAUGUAUGUAAAUGUUAAGGCUUUGUUACUCUGUUUUGGCUGCUAUUCUUGGCUAUAUUCUGGAUAGGUGAAUUUGCUAGAUAAAUAACCUCUUGACCAUUGAAGUGCUGUCUUAGGUUGACAAAGUCUUAAGUUAGUUUAAGCUUGUAUAUAUUUCUCAUCAACUACUCUACUCUCAGUGCUUAUAAUUUCAGAUAGUAAGUGAAUAAAAAAGCCAAUAGGUUAAUUUUUAACUUCAUACAUUUUUGUUUCCAUAAUUGCCUAUUUUCCUAACAGUUCAGACAGAUGAAUAUUUUUGCUAAAAAUUUAUCUAAAAGAAAAAUAGAGCAACUAGGGGCAGCAAAGUGGUUUAAUAGAUUGAGAGCCAGGCCUAGAGAAGUGAAGUCCAGGGUUCAAAUCAACCUCAGACAUGUCCUACUUGUGUGACCCUGAACCUCUUUUGCCUAGCCCUUACCGAUCUUCUGCCAUGGAACCAAUACUGUGUUUAUGAAAACUAUAUUGCUUCUAAGAUGGAAGGUGAGGGUUUAAAAAAAGAGCAACUGCUUAAUUUUCUUUUAGAAAAAAACUAGAGAUAAAUUUUUGUGGUUAUAAAAUAACAGCCAAUUAUAUAUGAUAGAAAGCAAAAGCUUCUUUGGAUAAGCAUUUCUUUCUUUGGUACUUCCUUGAACAAAAAUGAUGAAGUCAUUCACACCCAUAAUUGAUGCUUGGUCAAAGUUAAUAUAACUUUGUUUUGGUCAUGGAAAUCAAAUAUGUUAAUAUCAAGAAACAUCUGGCAAAACCAAUUUAGUUUCCCAAAAUCACCUUUCUUGCUUUAAGCACUUUAAAAAAAGAAAAUAAAACCCUUACCUUCCAUCUUGGAAUCAAUACUGUGUAUUGGUUCCAAGACAGAAGAGAGGUAAGGGAUAGGCAAAUAGGGGUUAAGUGACUUGCCCAGGGUCACACAGCUGGGAUGUGUCUGAGGUCAGAUUUGAACCUAGGGCCUCCCAUCUCUAGGCCUAGUUCUCAAUCCACUGAACUACCCAGCUGACUCCUCUUUAAGCGCUUUUCUUAAAGGAAAAUUCAUGCUAGUAUUUCUUAAUUGCCCUUUUUAAAAAUACCGUUGUUUUAAAUGGAAAGAAUGAUAAUACCACAGGUAUAUUCAAAUCAUAUUUUAAAGGUUAGGAAAGGAAUUCUGUCUAUGAAGUCUUAAAUCAUAAAUUGUUUAAUGAUUAUAUUUAAUAUCAUAGAAGCAAAAAGUAGCAGUAAACAGUCAAUGUUUAGGAAUGGAAAGGAAAAGGCACUGGACUGUGAGUCUGAAGUCCUGAAUUCAAACCUCAUCUACGACAUUGAUAACCAGGAUACCCCUAAAUACACUUAACAUCCUGGAGUCUCCAUUUGCUCCACUGUAAAAUGAGGAUGACAACCCACAUCACAGGGUUUUCAGAAAGCAUUUUAUAAACCAUCACAAUACAAACAUGAUUUGUCCUAAAUGAGUGCUCUUAUAGUUGUUGGGAAUUGAUAUUUUGAAAAUAAAAUGAACUCUCUUGCUCUCCCAUACAUUGUGAUGUCUUACAUGAUUUGCAUGAUCAAAAUGUUCUUUUUCAAGAUGCAAAAGCAAAAUUGUCUCAUUCCUUUAAUUGAUUUGUGUGAAAACUGAAAUUAAAUAUAACUCAGAGGAGAAAUAGAGAAAGGUAUAACUUGGCUUAAGAAAUAGUAGGAUAAGAAAACAAUGUGUGCACUUAAUAUAUGUCAAGCACUAUGCUCAGUACUAGAGAUAAAGACAAAAAAAAAUCCCUGACCUCAAGAAUAUUAAAUUAUGUUUAAAAGUGUGUGUGCAUGCACAUGCAAAAUAAAUUUCAAAAGUAAGGCACUAGCAUCAAAAAAGAGCUUAUGUAGAAGACUCUCUUAAUCGAGCUUUAAAGGAUUCUAAAGAGUGAAAGGGCAUUCAUCCCAAACUUGGGGAACAAACAGCCUGUACAAAGUUGUAGAGGCAGGAAAAGGAAUAGAGAGAGAACACAUUAAGGAGGUCAGUUUAAACUUAAAAUUUCAUUUAGCAUAAUGCCUGGCACAUAGUAGGUGCUUAUCAAAUUCUAAUUAAAUUGAUUAGUUGACUGGAUGGAGAGAAGUAAUUGACAUUGAAGAUUAACAAUGUAUACUCCGUUUCCUGUUCUGUAAAAUGUUGUAUCCAGUGAAAAUCUUUUGUCAUAAAUUCAUAGAUUUAGACCUGGAAAUGGCCUUAGAAGCCAUCAAAUCCAGUCCCCUGAAUUUACAGAUGAAGAAACUGAGGCACAGUGUGAGGUUUAAAUGACAUUUCCAGUUCACAUAGCUAUUUGGUGUGGGAGUCAGGAUAAAGCUCUUGGUCUUGGUAAUACCAAAUCCAGGGAUCUGUCUGUUAUGCCAUCCUAGCUCAUUAAGCUUUCUUUGAAAACCAGACCAAGCCUGAACACCCAACUGCAGGUUCAGAGGGCACAGUUUCCUCCCUACCCUCACCCAUUUCUCCCUCAUGAUUUAUAACCCAUUUGUUUCCAAAGCAUUUGAGAGGCACCAACAUGGAUUCUUGCCAUACAAUAUCAGGGACUUUAUACCUUUGCACCUGUCAGUUAAGAGAGCCUGGGUUCAUAUCCUGCCUUUGAUGCGACUUGUUUGACUGGAGCAAGUUACUUGAUUGAAUAUCCCUGGGCUUCAGUUUACUCAUUGGUAGAAAUGAGGGAAUUGGACCAAAUAAUCUCCAAGGUCCCUUCAAGUUCAAGUUUUGUGAUCCCAUCAAAAACUUGAAAAAAGUCAUAAUAAUAAAGGACAGACUUAGGAACAUUCUACAUUUAAUAUAACUACUUAUUAAAAAUGUUUGCUCCUAGCAUAUCUGGACUCUAGAGAUCAUCUAUUUUAACCUUGUCAUAUUACUGAUGACCAAUCUGAGAGAUAAUGACUAGUUAAUGGCAGAAACAAGACUUUCCCAAUGUCUCCUGACUUGGUGUUCUCUCUAUAGGUCAUACAGGAUAUUGAAAGUAUUAACAUGUUUGAGAGUCAUCUUUUUGAAGGGGGUAGUCUGAUACAUGUGUUCUAAACUUUUUGCUAGAUAAUACCAAAUCUUUUUGAAUAAGAAAACAGUAAGGAAAAAAUGAUUUCAUUAUUCUUUAGCUGUAACGUGAUUUUUAGAGAAGCAUUGUUAUCUUUUCCACGAAGUCACCAAAUUAGAAUCUUGACCACCCAAAACAGUUGAAAACAUUUCUCCUUAAACUCAUAUCACUUGUCUAUCUGCUUAAAUUCUAUUUGGUGGACAGAAAGACAGCAUUAAACAAGCCCAUGUUAUACCUGCUCCAAGAAAUAAGCUUUGUCCUUAAGUUUUUAUAUCAGUAUUAAAAUUACCAGAGGUGAGUUUUGUCAUUUCAAGUUCAGUAUUGAAAUUACAUGCACUUUUAAAUCAUCAACAGAUGUUUAUUUACAAUUUCAAAAGAUAGUGCUAGGAUAAAGAACACAAAAAAGCACAAGACAAAUCUCUGCUCACAGAAUAUACAAUCUAGUUGAGGAAACAAAACAUAAAAAAAGCUAGUAACAGUGUAAAACUACAUUUGUUCAUAUGCUCUCGCCUCCCUCUCUUGCCUCUUAAAUUCCUAUACAUCUUUUAAGGCCCAAUUCGAAUGACAGCUCUUCCAAGAAUCCUUUCCAGAUCCUUCUCAGCUAGACCUUUAUCUGCACUUCUCUAUCCAUGCUCAUAUUCACUAUUUGUGUUUGUAACCAUAAUUCUCUGAUAUGCAUGAAGGUUGGGAACCAUAUUCUCUUACCUAAGUUUUCUAUCUGAGAGGCAGUGUUUAUUGUAGAGUGGAAUACACACACAUACAAUACAUAAAAGAACGAAAAGAGCACUGACUCAGAAGCCUUUAAUUCUAGCUGGGUAAGCCUAGGCAAAUUCACUUCACCUCUGAGCCUCAUUUCUUCAUCUGUAAAAUUGAAUACUUGUAUUACCCCCUUAAGAGUUGUUGUAAGGAAAGUGCUUUGUAAAUAAAAAAGCAUUUUAUAAAUGUAUGUUGUUUCCCAAGCUAAUUAAUUAUGUUCUGUUUAAAGGUGGCCAUUGUUUGUUGAAAUACUAUUAAAUUCCAACUAACAAAAAUUUAAUUAUCUUGUUAAA